AUGCUGUGCAUAUAUCACCAGAUCUCUAAUAUUGCGGCUGUCGUGCUCCUCACUGCCAAAGUUCAAGAAUACUAUGAGUGGUCCGUGAAACAGAGGACUAAUAUCCAAUCCCUCCUAAGACCGAUAAGUGGACGAACACUUGCGACUGUGAAUACAAACAAUUCUACAUACAAACCUAACAUCGAAGCCCGAACUCCCCCAUACCCAAAACUCCUCAAACGUCUCCGUGAGGUUCGAAGAGUAUUAGGUUCCUCAAGAAGUUUGACCCUUGCCGAAAAGAUCUUAUAUUCCCAUCUCGAUAACCCCGAAGAAUCACUUUUAUCAAAUACCGACAAUGGACUUAAUAUCAGGGGAAAUGCAAAUCUCAAGCUCAAACCAGAUAGAGUUGCUAUGCAGGACGCGUCGGCACAAAUGGCAUUGUUGCAAUUCAUGACCUGCAAACUGCCUUCUACCGCUGUGCCAGCUAGUAUUCAUUGCGACCAUAUGAUUGUUGGACAAAGAGGAGCAGAUGUUGAUCUUCCAGAGUCAAUUAAGGGCAACAAGGAGGUUUUUGAUUUCUUGGAAUCUGCAGCGAAAAAAUAUGGUAUCGAGUUCUGGCCACCCGGAGCAGGAAUCAUUCAUCAAACUGUGUUGGAAAAUUAUUCGGCUCCUGGUCUGAUGAUGCUUGGAACAGACAGUCACACCCCUAACGCUGGUGGGUUAGGAGCUAUUGCUAUUGGUGUUGGUGGAGCUGAUGCUGUUGACGCAAUGGUUGAUGCACCAUGGGAAUUGAAAGCUCCAAAAAUUCUUGGAGGUGCUGAGGUUGGUGCUACAACUUCUCUGUUCCCAUUCUCAAAACGCCACAUUCCAUAUCUGGAAUCAACACAUCGAUCCUCCAUCGCAUCACAAGCUCAAGCUAUCGCAGAAAGUCCUUCGCUCCAUAACUUGCUAAGAGCAGAUGAAGGUGCUCACUAUGAUGAACUUAUUACCAUUAAUCUAUCUACAUUAGAACCUCAUAUCAAUGGCCCAGCCACACCUGAUUUAUCCACUCCAUUGUCAAAAUUUGCGGGGGCUGUCAUAGAAAAUAAUUGGCCAGAGACAGUAUCCUCGAGUUUGAUUGGUAGCUGCACAAACAGUUCGUAUCAAGAUAUGGCAAGAGUACAAAACUUGGUCAAGCAAGCGUCGGCCGCAGGUCUUAAGCCAGUUACCGACUUUUUCAUCACGCCUGGCAGUGAACAGAUUAGAGCCACCUUAGAGCGUGAUGAGAUUUCAUCGACGUUCACUGAAGCUGGAGGUAUUGUACUUGCUAAUGCUUGUGGUCCAUGUAUUGGCAUGUGGAGCAGAACCGAUGGGAUUGCAAAGGGUGAGCCCAACGCGAUUUUCACAUCAUAUAACCGAAAUUUCAGAGGACGAAACGAUGGUAAUCCAGACACUAUGAAUUUCCUCGCUUCUCCCGAGAUUGUUACAGCUAUGUCAUAUGCUGGAAACACCUCAUUUAAUCCAAUUACCGACUCUAUCAUAACUCCAUCUGGUAAAGAAUUCCGUUUCGAGCCACCGACGGGUGCCGAACUUCCCCAGAAAGGUUUCGAACAAGGAAAGGAAGAACUUUUGCCAUUAUCAGGCCCCCCUUCCCCCGAAACAGAAGUUGUUGUCUCGCCAACUUCUGAUCGCCUAGCCCUUUUGGAACCAUUUGCGCCAUUUCCAGAAAGCGAUUUGGAAGGACUUCGUGUUCUCUACAAGGUCACUGGAAAGUGUACUACAGAUACCAUCUCUGCUGCCGGUCCUUGGCUCAAAUACAAAGGACAUCUUCCAAACAUCUCUGCCAACACACUUAUUACAGCUAUCAACGCUGCAACUGGUGAGGUAAAUGUUGCCUACGACGUCGAUGGCAGCACGUCCGGUAUCCCAGAACUUGCUCAGAAAUGGAAGGAUCAGGGUAAAGAAUGGCUCGUCGUCGGAGAAAGCAAUUAUGGAGAAGGUUCAGCGCGUGAACACGCAGCUCUUCAACCCCGUUACUUGGGAGGCAGAGUUAUUCUCUGCAAGUCAUUUGCACGUAUACACGAAACGAACUUAAAGAAGCAAGGUGUUGUACCUCUCACAUUUGCUAAUGGAGAGGAUUAUGGAAAGAUCGACGCACUCGAUGAAGUGAGCACGAUUGGGCUAUACGAUAUGUUGAAGAAUGGCGGGAAGGGUGACGUCAGUCUACGGGUUAAGAAGCAUGGGAGUGGGGAGGAGAUUAUUCUCAAGACCAAGCACACAUUCAGUCCUGAUCAAGCUGGAUUUGUAUUGGCAGGAAGUGCGUUAAACUUGUUGGCAAAUGCAAAGAGGUGA